UUUUUUAUAUACUAAUAUCGCCAAUCGCUACUCGCAAGUGUCGAGCAUGAAACGAUAAGUGCUAAAUCUGACCGCUCGCUUUAGGUGUCCGUGCACCGUGUUUACCGCCGUUGUUCGCCCGUUGCUCGGAACACCGAUCGCGUACGCCGUUACGAACGCUGUGCGCCAGCCGUCUUUGCCGUCGUCCAUUGAACCGCGCGCUCACCCGUCCCGUUCCACCACCGCUGCUAAUGUAAACGGGCCCCUCGACUGAAAUGGGGACGUGUUGAGCGCUGUUUACAGUCGUUUGGAUUACCUUGUCGUGCAUACUGAUCAGAUGGCUACCCGCGCUUUGGUAGCAAUGGAAUGCACCAGCAUUGGUUCAUUGGUUUCUACGAUUCACUUCAGACUCCACUGUUGACGACUCGUUGAAUAUUUAAGAAAAUCAAAAAAUUAUCAAUCUUUAUUUUCAACUCUGCUAUGUGGCAUCAAUGCUGCACCAGGUGGAGUUAAAUUUUUAUCAUUUGCAAACUCAGCAUGUCAUAUAGAACUAAACGUCAACCAAUCUCUAAAGAUGAAUGUCCAUUACCGACAAAGAGGCGGAAGGGGCGCCCUUCGACAUUACAGGAAGAAGAAGAAGCGUCCUCCUUAGAUACUCAAAGUGGCUCUCGUUCAGAUAUGAAAAUACCUUCAUCCAUCUAUAAUACACGGACUACAACUGAUGCACCUGCAGAAUUAUUUCGCAAAGAUUUGAUCAGUGCCAUGAAACUUCCUGAUUCAGAACAGUUGUCAACUGAUGCCUAUUGGAUUAUUAGUGACCAAUGGAAGCAAGAGUGGGAACGUGGUGUACAAGUCCCAGUUAAUCCAGACUCUCUACCGGGCUCAAGUGUUCAAGAAGUUCCAGUUGUCUGUUUGCAAUCUUCAAUAAAAUCACCUAGACGAUCACCAUCUUCAAUUUAUCAUUCUCAACAUCAUGAAUUCAAACUACCUAAACAUAAGUACAUUCGUAUUACUAAAGAUGAACAUUUUAAAACUGAAGAACAUCAUUUGUCACUUUUACCUUUAAAAGCAGAAAAAUCUUGUUCAUAUGAUAUGGAUGAUGUUGAUACUGCUUGGUUAAAGUUGUGUAAUGGUGAAAGAUCAUUAGGAGGUUUACCAAAAAUAAAAGAUGACCAAUUUGAACAUGUAAUGGAAGAAUUAGAAAUGAGGUGUUGGGAAAAAGUGCAAGCAAUAAUAAAGGAAGAAGAAGGGCUUGGAAUUGAAUAUGAUGAAAAUGUUAUAUGUGAUGUGUGUCGUUCGCCGGAUUCUGAGGAUGGUAAUGAAAUGGUAUUUUGUGAUAAUUGCAAUAUUUGUGUUCAUCAAGCAUGUUAUGGAAUUACCACAAUCCCAUCUGGGUCAUGGCUUUGUCGAACUUGUACUUUACGUUUUCGUCCUGAAUGUGUACUUUGUCCUAAUAAAAAUGGUGCAAUGAAAUGCACACGAUCAGGUCAUAAAUGGGCUCAUGUAUCAUGUGCAUUAUGGAUUCCUGAAGUAAGCAUUGGAUGUGUAGAAAAGAUGGAACCUAUUACUAAAAUAUCUAGUAUACCUCCAAGUAGAUGGGCGCUUAUAUGUGUAUUAUGUCGAGAACGAGUAGGAGCAUGUAUACAAUGUUCAGUUAAAACAUGCAAAACUGCAUAUCACGUUACCUGUGCUUUUAAACAUGGACUUGAAAUGAGAGCUAUUAUUGAAGAUGAAAGUGCUGAAGAUGGUGUAAAAUUGAGAUCUUAUUGUCAAAAACAUAGCGUAACUAAUAAAAAGGAUAGGAAUUCUGGUUCAGAAGAUGAAGACUCUACAAAAAGAAAACGUAAAGAUAUGACUUCGGAAGAAAAGAAUCAAGCUAGAGCAGCUAAAUUACAAGAAAUUGAAAGUGAAUUUGAAAAGCAUGUUAGUGUUAUUGAUGUUACACAAUGUCGAGAUGUAGAUAAUGAAGGUAUCCUUUAUAUUUAUAACUACUGGGUAUUAAAAAGACGGUCUGGAAACAAUCGACCAUUGUUACUGCCAAAAUCUGAUGAUGGUGAUCUUCUUGGAAGACAGCAAGAACAAGCAGAUUUAGAAAAGCUUAAAAUGUUUGUACAACUUCGACAAGAUUUAGAAAGGGUACGAAAUUUAUGUUAUAUGGUCAGUAGAAGAGAAAAACUUUCUCGAAAUCUACUUAGUUUACGAGAGCAAACUUUCCACAAACAAGUUGCUGUCCUUUCAGAUUCUAAGCUCAAUCUUAGUUCAGCUGAAGUAUCAGCUGUUCAAGAAGCUAAUCAUGGCCCAUCAAUUUAUGAUAGAUUAUAUUCAUAUCCUGAUGCUCCUGAUUUAAGUACUGAUUUUGAAACUAUGUUAUCUCGAAUUUCUGGAGGAGCGUCACCAGAAAAAUCUAAUUUUACUGGAAUAAAGUGGCCGUCUUCAAGAGACAAUCCAUACAAAAAACCUUAUGUCAAUGGAGCAACACGAUACUCAAGUAUGUCAAGUAGUAGUGAUCUUGAACUAAAGACAUCUAGGCUUAUUAGUAGUGAACGAUCAAGUAUGGAUGAAGCUGAAUUAAUCAAAUCUAUGUUAAACAAACGUAAAUUAAAAGAGAAAAGGCUGAAUAAAAAACGUUCGAAAACUAAACUUACUACAGAUUCAUCUACUGAAGAAGAAAAUGAAAAAGUUAAACCAAAAUGGAGUUCAUCGCCUAAUAAAAAAUUGUUACAAAUUGAAAAGCAAUUUGGUAGUGAUGAUAGUGGAGAUGUAUCGUUACCUAAAAUUUCAUCUAAACGUCCGACCAAAGUAAAUAAUAUUUAUUCUGACUCUGAUUCUGAAUUGUCAGCCAAAGAAGAUCUUUCUUAUGCGCUCACAAAAGCAUCAGUUAAAGAUUUUUCACAUGGGAAGUCUAAAAAUAAAAUAAUUAAAGAUAAAAGUACUUCUCUUAAUAAGGCUAAAGAAAUUUCAUUGGAAAAGGAUACUAAGAAAACCAAAAAAGAAGACAGUAAAAGUAAUUCUACCGUACCUUCAGAACUUAUUGUACCUCAAAGACAAGCUGCUAAGAAAGCUACUGAAAGUAUUCAUCGAGUGCAUAGUAAACAUGAUGAAAUUUUAAAUGAAAAGAAGUCUCCAGAAAAAUUAUUAACUAUACAUAAAAAAUCUCCUGAAAGAAUAGGGUCUAAUGCAAAAUCUCCUGAUAAACCACCUAUUAAAGUUAAUAAAAUCAAAAACAAUGAAAAAUUGAGUUCGGUGGAAAAGGAAUCUGAUCCACAAGAAUUAUUCGGUUUUGUUCCUCAAAGGCAAGCAGCUAAAAAAGCUAUUCAAGGCAUUAAGAGUGGUAUGACAAAGCCUGUUGAAGAAACAAAGGUACCUGAACCAAUUAAAAAAGAAGAACCAACUAAAUCAAAGCGUAAUACUAAAUCUUUAUCCUCAACAUCAAGCAGUAGUUCUUCAAGUAGUUCUUCAAGUACAACAAGUUCAUCGAGUUCCUCGUCUACAUCUGGUUCAUCAAGUUCUGAUAGUGAUACAGAACCUGAAAAGAAACAAAAACCUAUUGAUCAUGUUAGUCCACUAAAAGAAGUUUGUAAGACUAAAAGCCCUCCUAAAGCUAAAGGUUGGCUAUCAGAAAAUAAGCCUAUUAAAAUUAGCUCUUCCUCUAGUAGUGAGUCGGAUAAAGACCAAAAAGUGAUCAGGGCGCCAGACAAGAAGCUUAAAACUUCCGACAGGCGGCCUGAACACAGGUUUCAGGAUCCGCCACCUAAGAGAGAGGAAUCUAGAAGAAAAUCGAUUGGAAGUGAUCGAUGCGAUACUAUUCAAGUCAUCACAUGUGGAGAUUCUAGUGUCAGGAAUGAUGGAGAUAGAAAAUCGAGCGAUCGUGACCACGUUGGAACAUCAACUAGUCAGUCGGACGGAUUUAAACCUGAAACGAAACAUCCCACACAUGCAAUUGAGGACCAAGAGAUUGAGAAGAAGUUGAAACUUGAUGAUGGUACUCAGAGAGUUUUAAAAGAAGACCAUGGCCUUAAUAUAAAUAUUCAAGAAGUAAAAAGUAAAAAUGUUACUCCGGCACAACAUGCUUCUGAUAAAGAAAACAAAAAAACUGAUGAAUUAAACUUGUACUUGCCAGGUGGUCAUCGUUUAAAUGAUCUCAAAGAUGAACAUUUAUUAAGUUCUUCAUUUUUAACUAGACAAGAUAUUGAACGAGAAUUAGUUAAUAAUCUAGAUUAUGAUAAUAAGAAAUUCUCAAAAAUACCAUUCAAUUUUAAUAAUCACUUUCCUGGAGGUCAAAGAUCAAUAUUUUCUCCACAGCAGUGUAACAAAGAUAUUCCAGAUUUUGAUUUUGACAAAGAUAUGCUUGCUGUUGAACAAGCAGCAAAUGAAGAAGGUUUUGGUUUGACUAGAGACACUGAUGUACGAAAUGCUCCUUUGUCAUUUACUUUUAACAACGAAUUUCUCUUUAAAGAUGAUUCAAAAGAAGUAACAGCUAGAGAAACAUUAAACCUUGUGGAAAAGUUAAGAUUAGGAAUCACAAAAAAAUCUGUACCAUUAGAAAGUGAGAAUAUAGAAGAUUUAAAUGAUUCUCCUAAAGUACUUGAUCCACCUAAACAAUCAGAAUCUGAGCAAAAAACAGAUAACACUCUUUAUAAUGCAUACAAUAAAUACCAACAACAAUCUAAUGAAGUAAUUGAUGUGAAUAAAGUUCCAGAACGAGAUAAAUUGGAUAGGAGUGAAAGUGCUUUAUCUGAUGAGAGAUGGGUACCACCUAGUCAGCGUAGUCAAGCAGAAUCUCCUUAUCAAGAUAUUAAUGAUGCCAACCGUUGGUCAGAUAGCGUUGUUAUGCCAUCUAGACGUUCUGAUACUUCAAAUGAACCAUCUCCAGAACAUAGAGAUUCAACUGCCACAGAGUCAUCAUAUCAACCCUUACAUACAUUUCCUACAUCUGUCCCAAUGCAAAUUGAUAACAUACAGUAUUCACAAUAUUCAGAUACAUCAUUUGCAUUAAACCAACCUACUAGUAAUCCUUUCAUGCCAUCUUCACGAAAUUUUAAUUCUCAACAAUUCACAUUGCCUCCACCAUUUUCUACUCACUCCGCAUUAAUUUCAGACCUAAGUAAACCUUUACAUUUACAAACUCCUUGUACUGCAGCCUUUACUUCAUCAACUCAAAAUAUGGCAUUUACUGCAGCUAUGAUAUCUCCAAUGACGCAUCAUGAUAACUUUAUUCCACCAUUUAGUGAUAUGAAUGCAUAUAAUGACAACAAUAUUCUUAUUUGUGCUAAUAGUAAUAAUUCAUCUUUGCAAACCGAAACUGUGAUCCAUAAUGUGCUUAAUGCAAUUAAUCAAGCAUCUAAUAUGGAUAAUCAGAUACCUAAUUUGCCAAUAAGUCAAGAUUCCAGAGUUAAUAAUAGUCAAAUAUCUAUUAAUCAUAAUUUAUCUCCAGCUUCUACUAAUGACCAAACUCCAGUAAUUGAUGUACUAUCAUCAUCAAAUCAACAUCAAGAACCAGUUACGUCUCAUAAUCAAAUUGAAAUAACUAUUGCACCAUCAAUUUCUAAUUACCAAGAACCUAUUGUAAGUCAAACCAAGAUAACUGAUAUGACAAUAACUUCUAACAAUCAAUUACCAACUACAAACCAAUUACCUGAAAGUAAAACUUCUAUUUCUGAAGUUUAUAUUCCACCAAUCAGUCAAAUAGAGGUUAGUCAAAACAUCAUUAAACAAACUCCAAUACAAACGCCAAUCAGUGUAAGUCAAGCAUUUAAUCAAAACACUCCAAGUAUACCAACUCCUAAACAAUCGCCUGCCCUUCCCACAACUCCUUUACCUGAACGAUCUCCUAUGUCCAUUAUUGCUUCAUCUCCUUCGGUAACUAGUUCACCCCAUCCAAAUCGCACACCUUCUGAUAAAAAAUCUCCUUCUAAACCAACUCGGUCUUCGAGUCGUGUUUCUGCUCAAUCAGUUAAAUCACCAGAAAUAAUUGAUCAUUCACCUGAAGUUAAAAAACAGAAUAAACGAGGACCUAAGCCUCAGUCUAAAACAUCUGGACGUGGUCGAGGUCGUGGCCGUGGCCGUUCAUCAAACCAUUUUGCUGAUUACAAUCCUGCUGUUAGUAAACUUGCAGGUACAGCAUAUGAUCUUGAUUUCGUUGAAGAAUUUGAUAAUGAUAAUAAUGGACGUUUGGAAAAUCUUCGAGCCAUGCGAGAACGUAAAAAGUCUGAUGUUAAAGCAGAUAGUAAAUCUCCUGUUUCUCCUAAAGUACAAAGCAGCCCUAAUAACUACAGAAGGAAACAUGCAAGUGUUAAAGAACUAAAGCCACCUUCUCCAAUUAUUGAAAUAAAUACUGAGGAUACUUCAGCUCAAAUCAGGAUUGAUGAAUUAUCUCCAAUGUUACCAGGACCCGUUGAUAUGAGGACAUAUAAUUCCUAUGAUAAUGUAACCUCAUAUUCUGAAAACAUGUAUGAUACUAACACUAUCGUAGAUGACAAAGUAACUGAUAAUGUAAAUACUUCAAAGGAUGAUUUGCAAAGUUUUUCAAAAUCAACUGUCAAAGAUAAAGAUAUUGAUGAUCAAUUCAAAUUAAUUGAUGAUCAAAUAAAAAUAGUUAAAGCACCACUUCCUGUUAAAAAAGAUCCUAUAGCUUCUAGUACUGUAUUGCAAAAUGAAUCAAGGAAUCAGUUAAAAGUUAAAAUAAAAGGACCUUUCUUAAAUGCUGGUUACAACAAUGUUCAAAAUCAACCAAUAUUACCAACUAUUGAUACUUCUGCUAUAAGUAUGAAUAUACCCAGUCAUUCAGUUCCUCCAUCAGAGGCUGCUAGUGUUCCCUCUAAUUUCAGACAAAUGCGAAAGAAAGAACUACUUCGGCAGUAUUGUAAUCAACAAGAUAAUAUUGAACAAACAACUAAUCAUCCUAUAGUCCCUCCAUUAAGCCGAAAUGUCAUAACCAUUCCGAAAGCAGUUGCAUCUAUGACUACAAUUCCUACUAAAGAAGAUUACAAAGCAGUAGUGGAUGCAAAUAUGGAAAAGAAGCGUACUAAAUAUGGAUUUGAUGAUCCUAAAUCUAAUUACAUUAACAAUAUUCGAAAAGGUGAAGCAAUAACCCCCAAACUUAAAAUUAAAAUUGGAGGCCAACAACCAAUGGUUACAACUAUGGAAGAAAAGCGUAGUCUUCGACCACCCAAAAAACGUAUAUGUGAUACUCAAAAUGAUGAAACUAAUCAUUUAAUUGCACCUACUAUGGAACAAUUACGACGCGAUAGUAUGAAGUUCCGGCGGAAAGUAAUUGCUCGUUUUGAAGAAGAUGCUUUAGAAUCAACUUCAGUACCAGUAACACCUACCCCAAAAAUUAAAAAGAAACGUAGAUCUAGUCCAUCAGUAUCGAGGAAGAAAAAAUCGCGAACAAAUAAAGAGAUGGUACAGGUGAUAGAGGCCAAAGAAAGCACCCCUAAAUUAAUUAUUAGAUUCUCUAAAGCAUCACCUGAUGAAGCUGAAGUAAGUGCAGUAACAGAGCCUCAAAAAGCAACCCCUAUUAAACUUAAAAUAUCCAGAUGUAAAGAAGGAUAUGUUAUGAAACCUCCUAGUAACCAAGCCACCACUGAUACUUCAAUAAACAAUAACUGUGAGGUUCGGUGACGGCAAUGAAAUCUUGUAAUUUUUUUUGAUCAAUCUUAUCUUUGAUAAGCAUUUUGUGUAUAAAAUUGAAUAAGCUGUAAUUUAUUUAUGUAAUUUUAGUUGUACAUUCUUAAUUAUUUAUUAUAAAAUUUUAAUUAAAUGUAAAUGUAUAUUUAUAAAAUAAAUUGUUGUUUUCCUUGAUUUGUUGUUAAUUAAACUAUUAAAACAAACAAAUGUUCUAUGAAUACUCCAAAUUAUUGAUAUAAUUGUGUUAAGGCAAAGCAAAUGUCAAUUAAUUUUAAUUUUGUUAUCUAGUUUAAGAUAAGAUUUUCAUGUUAAUGUGCAAUAUGCAAUUGUAAAGUUUUUUUUUUAAUUAUUUGUUAACCUUUUACAUUAAAAUCGAACAAUUUUUUUUCUUUUUUGUACUUGUUAUAUUACCAAUUAUUUUUAAAGUUUACGUUAUGUACGCAAUGGGUUGUUUUUUAGCUGUGAUUGUUUUUUUUUUUUUUUUUUUU